CCGUUUCCAGUUUCCUCUUUGACAAACGGGAAGUUUUUCAGCUUGGAGUCAUAUGAUGUGACUUCGAAGGAGGAGGAGGAGAAGGAGGAACCCGCCUGUCAUAGAGGAAACAACAUUAUUAUGUGUCCAACUCCACAAAGAGGAACAUGGGGGAAAGUUAGCCGAGGACGGUGAUGUCAGCCUGGGAACCGAAACAACGAGAGACACUGACAGCUUCCCCAGAUCGUGACAGCCGGUUAGCUGUUUUUAGCUAACGUAAUAUGAUGCCACAAAGCUAAUAUUAAGUAAUGUGAUGUAAUGCUAUGAGUAGCUACAGCAGCACUUUUCGCCUCAUGCUACAGUAGCCAUGCUGCGACAGUGUUGUGGUGGUCGCCGCUAGGCUCUCAACUCGUUUUUAAGAAGCUGUAAACCGAUCGACCUAAAUGCACUUCAAGCCGUCAGCUGGGAAACAGCAUUUCAAAGACCAUGGUUAACCAAGAGGAGUUGGAAGAGAGGUUGAAGAAGCUGCUAGUGAGGCUGAAAACCCCACAAGAAGACAGACAACUGAUCACACUGAUUCAGAUUAUCCAGGAUCUGCUUUUCCUGGCGCACACCGACAAUGCUGCUGAACUGUUUGAGGACAAAGCCGUCCAUGACCCCCUCAUGAUAGUGCUGUCAUCCUACAUGAACAGCCGAGGAGUCCAGCAGGUGGGUUGGUCACUGCUGUGUCGGCUGAUUGAAAUAUGCCCCCGUACCCUGGACGAGCUGACCAAACCUCUGCAAGCAGCCAAGGACUGGGAGAUACUGGGAGUGCACCAGCAGAUCCUGAAGGCUCUUUUUCACUACAGCACAGACUGCAGAGUGACCAUGGUUGGACUCAGAGCGCUGGCUCUCCUGCUCAGAUCAGACAUUAUUCCUCUGCUGGUGCUGGAGGAGGACGAGGAGGAUGUGUUUGGCCUGGUAGUGCAGGCCAUGAGGACGUUUCCUACCAGUGAAGAGGUUCAGCUCCAUGGUUGUGCAGCACUGCAGUUGCUCCUGGAGAGAGUGAGCGAUGCACACCUUGUGGAGUUUGUGGAGAACGAGGAUCAUGUUGUAGUGCUGGCGGCGCUGCAGGGUUUCCUGGACAGCCCCCAGCUGCUCGAGCAGGCCAUGAAGGUGCUGCUCCCACUGACUCGUCCAGGCAGUAACGUGGAGGUGUUGAUGUCGGGAGGUGCUCGAUGCUACAGCGUGAUCAUGGCUGCAAUGGAUGCUUUCCCCGAGGUGGAGGAGCUGCAGGAGACGGCCUGCUGCCUGUUCAGGAGGUUAACAUCAGAGAGUUACUACAACAUCCUGGUACUAAACGGCAUCCAGAGGGUCGCAGUGAGAGCCUGUCACACUUUCCCCGAUAACCCAACGCUGCAAGCUGCUGCUCUCUCCUGCCUGGCUGACCUCACUGCCACCAUUGUGCAGAACAAGGCGGUUGCUGAUCAGGGUCCUGAGGAAGGAGAAGAGGAGGAGAACCGGGGUAAGGAGGAGGUGGAGGACAUGGGCCUGGGCUGGAUGGAGGCCUGCUGCAUGGCACUGGACCUCCAUGCUGCUGAACCGGCUGUUCAGGAAGCCGCCAGCUGGGCCAUUCACAAUCUGUUACUGCACGGAGCCGGAGUGAGCCAGUCAGAAGAGGAGCAAGACGAGAGGACUCCUGUUCACAGACAGUUAAUGGCGGCCAUGCUGCUCCACUCCUCGUCUCCCAGCGUGUUUGAAGCUGCUACCAGUGCUAUUGCCACGCUCAUCAUGCACAACAAUAAAAUGUGUUCUCUGCUGCUGUCCAGAGGCCUUCAUGUCAAUCUAGUGGAGAUGAUGAAGAGACAUUCGACCUCAGUUGAAGUUUCCAUCAGCGCCUGCAAACUGCUCAACCUGCUCUUCCAGGGAAGGACAGCCAGUCUAGAUGAGCUGAACAUGGCCAUUAGUCAGAUCCUUUGCACCAUGAAGGUCCACAACUUCCACCCUGAGGUUCAGCUGGAGGCUCUGCAGGCCAGCCUGGUCUUCCUCUGCCCAGACAGGAGUUUGAGGGAGCAUGGCGUCUCUGUGUCAGAUCCGGACAUGGCCGACGUGUCACUGAAGGUCCUGAAAAACCAGUGCGUGGUGGAAGGAGCUCACACUCUCUACCUAGAGGUUCUCAACAGGUUCAUCAGCAGCCCCAUCAUACAGAAGUGCGGUCUGAAGGUGCUGUCUGCUCUGGCUGACUGCUCCGGUGCCGUGGACUUGCUCUGCCAGCAGGGGGCGAUAGACACAGUGCUGCAUACACUACAGAUGUUCCCACAAGAACGAGAAAUACACUACUGGGGUCUAACCCUGCUCCACUACCUCGUAUCCAAAAAGAAGCUGUCGAGGAUGAUCGUACCCGUUCUGGCCUCUGUUGUGGUCGCCUCACUCAUCCAGUACAGAGAAGACUCUGAGAUGCUUCUGAAGGGGUUUCAGGUAUCUUUGAGAAUGCUAGAUGCGUGUUCAGGUGCAGCUGCUGCGCUGCAGAGAGAAGACUUAGACAGGCUGAUCUUCCAACAACUCCGAGUGGAGACCCCGGACCAGAGCAACAACCCACUGCGUAAGUCGGUGUGCCUGGUGCUGUCUAAGAUGUUGUGCGACUCAGAGCUGCACUACAGCAUGCUGGAAAAGGCCUGCGAGGAUGGAGACACCACCCUGGCAGAGUGUCUGAUCGAGCUGGGCGCUGACAUCAACAGGAAGACCAAAACCGAAUCUCUCAUCUACCAGGUGUGUGAGAGAGGCGGACCACUUGACCUGGUUGAGCUUCUGCUCAGCCGAGGCGCCCACGAGCAGUACCUCCGCAGGGCUCUGGCUGUGAGCGUGAAGCGUGGCGACGGACCCACAGUAAUCCAGCUGCUGGUCCGUCUGGGUCUGGACCUCAACAACAGCGCCCUCUGCCUCGGGGGCUUUAGGCUGGGCCGCUUGGACUCAGCCUGGCUCAGCCCCCUGCUGGCUGAACGGGGACGAUGCACCUUCCGUUACAACAACAGUAAAGGUAAGAGCUUGGCGAGGUACAUUGAGUCUUUGCAGAAGUCCAAGAGCAGCAGUGGUACUCCCAGGUCUCUGGCCGACCCCUGUCUGACCUCCGGCUACAUCUCUGAAGAGAGCGACGACUCGAACUUCAGCUUCGUCUCCGCGGAAGACAGCUUGUUUUACAACGAUGACAUGGAGAGUGACGGAAGCGAUUCUCUGUCAGGAGUUCUGUCCCCGAAGCCGCAUAAUAGUUCAUCAGAAGAGCUGAGGGGAGGAUCGUACAAUAGGAAGCACGGCCGUCGCAGACAUGCCAGUGCAGAGAGUAAUCUAACAGAGAGUGAACAUAGUGAGCCUCUACACCGCAGAAAUGGAAGGAUCGGCACAGGCCAAAAAGUGCUUGUAUCUGCGGAGAACUCGGCUGCUCUGCCCAAAGAGAGGGAGAGGAUCCGCCUGCUGGACCUGUCCGGUAACGAGCUGGACUCGCUCUCCUGCCUGAUGGAUGACAGCUUCGUCCAGCAGCAGCUUGGACAUCUUCUCCGCCUGGACCUGAGCCACAACAAUCUGCUGGAGUUUCCUGCAGCUCUCUGCCAGAGUUUAAAGAGUCUGACUCGACUGGACCUGCAGGGAAACCAGCUCCGGUCGCUGCCUGAGGAGCUGCUGUCUCUGCUCUCUCUGAGCACGCUGAACGUCUCUCGAAAUUGUGUGGGCCCCUUACUGACAUUUGACCACGCCGUCACCUGCCCGUCUCUGCGGCAGCUUAAUCUAUCUUUCAACAAAAUCGCCACAUUUCCUGACGAGCUGGGCCACGCCAUGGGUCACCUGGAGGAGCUGUUUAUGGAGGGGAACAGUAUAACGGAGCUGUGUACGCCUCCGUGUCUGCCCGAGAUCAAGCUGCUGGAUGUGAGUAAGAACAGUGUGGAGAAUAUUUCUCCUGACUUCCUGACGGCCUGCCCCAAACUGGAAACUUUCAAUGUCUCCAUGAACAAAAUCUGUUCUCUGUCGAACCUCUCAUCAAAGAUCACUACACUGAAACUGGCAAACAACAGCUUCACUCACAUUCCUGAGGCUGUACUGAAUCUACCAAACUUGCGGUCGGUGGACAUGAGAACCAACCACAUUGCUGCUCUGCCAGGUCCCGGGUCCUGGGAGUCCUGCAACCUCGGAGAGAUGAUGUUCAGUCAGAACUGCAUCACAGCUCUGGAUCUGAGUGGACCCAUCUACAAGUGGGCCAGACUGGAGAAACUUCACCUGAGUGACAACAAACUCACUGAGAUCCCUCCACAGAUCGGCCUGCUGGAAGGCCUGACCUCUCUGGACGUGAGUCGUAACACUAACCUGCGAUCUUUCCCCGAUGAGAUGGGGAAACUGAGCCGACUGUGGGACCUGCCUCUGGACGGCCUUCGACUCCAGCUCGACCUCAAACUCAUCGGCAUCAAGACCAAAGACAUUGUCAGGUUCCUGCAGCAGCGUCUGAAGAAGGCCGUGCCGUACUACAGGAUGAAGCUCAUCGUGGUGGGGAACGCAGGAAGCGGGAAAACCACCCUAAUUCAGCAGCUGAUGAAGCUAAAGCGCUCCCAUGUGAACUCGAAGCUGACUACUGCUGGCAUUGAUGUCCAGGACUGGACCAUCAGGGAACGGGACAAGAAGAAAAUGGUGCUGAACGUCUGGGACUUCUCAGGUGGAGAGGAGUUCAGCGGCUCUCACCCUCACUUCCUGACCUCCAGAGCUCUGUACCUGGUGGUUUACAACCUCAGCAAAGGAGCCAGUCAGGUGGAUGCCCUCAAACCCUGGCUCUUCAACAUCAAAGCCGUAGCUCCUCAGUCUCCGGUCAUCCUGGUGGGAACCCACACAGACGUGAGUGACGAGCUGCAGCUUCAGGCUUGCCUUAAGAAGAUCAGAGAGGAGCUGCUGAGCCACCAGGGCUUCCCCGCCAUCAAAGACUACCACAUUGUCUCCGUCUGCGAGGACUCGGACUCCCUGACCAAACUCCGCAAGGCCAUCGCCCGGGAGAUCACCAGCUUCAAAAUCCAGGGCCAGCCCGUCAUGGGUCAGCUGGUUCCAGACAGCUACGUGGAGCUGGAGCGCCGGGUUCUGCAGGAGAGAACCAGGGUUCCCCCUGAGUUCCCCGUUCUCAGGAACCAGGAGCUGCUGCACCUCAUCCAGGAGAGUCAGCUGCAGCUGGAGGAGGCCGAGUUGCCGCACGCCAUCCACUUCCUCAGGGAGGCCGGGGUUUUACUGCACUUUGAUGAUCCCGCACUUGAGCUCCAAGACCUCUACUUCAUCGACCCACAGUGGCUGUGCAACAUCAUCUCCCAGAAACUGACUUUAAAGGGCUGCGGCCUCUGGGAUCAUCCGAAAGGAGUCGUUCAGCGCUCAGUGGUGGAAAAGUUUCUGUCCGAGACCAAAUGUUUCCCUCUGAGCCACCUGACGCAGUUCUUCAAACUACUGGAGAAGUUUCAGAUCGCUUUACCCUUCAGUGACGACCAGCUGCUGAUACCCAGCAGUUUGCCCAAACACAGACCGAUGAUAGAUUUACCUCACUGCGAGAACUCUGAGGUGAUUGUGCGUUUGUACGAGAUGCCGUACUUCCCCAUAGAUUACUGGUCUCGACAAAUCAGCCGCCUGCUGGAGUUCUCUUCUUAUCUGCUUUGUGGAAGAGAAAAAGUGCUACGACCGAACCGGAUCUACUGGAGGAGAGGUCUGUACCUGAGCUGGUCCCCAGAGGCCUAUUGCCUGGUGGAGGCAGACUCGGGGGAUCAGAACCCCUCCUGCUUCGUCAGGAUAACCGUGCCCUGUUCACGCAAAGGCCGGGUGCUGCUGGGUCAGGUGGUAGACCACAUCGACUCUCUCCUGGAGGAGUGGUUUCCCAAUCUGCUGAACACGGACAUGCACGGCAGCGGCGAGGCGCUGCUGAAGAAGUGGGCUCUCUACAGCUUUGAGGACAGGCAGGGGUGGAGCAAGAUUCUGCUCGAGGAUCUCUUUACCCGCUUUGACAACGAUUUCCUGCUGGUCAGCCCGGAGGAUCCCCGCUGCACACUUCCCAUCUCUCAGAUUGCUCCUGACUUGGUGCUGAGUGACCAGCCUGCAGGAACAAUACUGGACAGUGAAGAGCUGCAUGUGGACGGGUCCAAAGAGAACCGACUGGGGGAUGGUGGCUUUGGAACUGUGUACCGAGGUGUCUAUAAAAACGAAGAAGUAGCUGUGAAAAUAUUCAACAAACACGCGUCUGAGCUCUACAUCUACAGACUCCUCAGACAGGAGUUGACGGUGUUGGGUCGCCUCCGUCACCCCAGCCUUGUGGGCCUGCUGGCCGCUGGCUCAUUCCCUCAGGUCCUGGUGAUGGAGCUGGCUCUGAGAGGCUCCCUGGACUCCUUGUUUGAACACGAGAACGGCAGCCUCAACAGAAAGCUCCAGCACAGGAUCGCCCUGCAGGUGGCAGACGGACUCAGGUACCUCCACUCAGUCAUGAUCAUCUAUCGCGAUCUCAAGCCUCACAACGUCCUUCUGUUCAACCUGAAGACCGACUCCGAGAUCAUUGCCAAGAUCACGGACUACGGCAUCGCUCAGUACUGCUGCAGCAUGGGAGUGAGGAGCUCAGAGGGCACACCAGGAUUUCGUGCACCUGAGGUUGCCCGGGGUAACGUGAUCUAUAACCAGCAGGCUGAUGUCUUCUCAUUCGGCCUGCUGCUCUACGACCUCCUGACUUGCGGUGAACGGAUCUCUGACGGUAUGAAGUUCCCCAGCGAGUUUGACGAGGUUGCUGUGCAGGGAAAACUGCCAGAUCCAGUGAUACACUACGGUUGCUCUCCCUGGCCGGGCUUCCAGACCCUGAUGAAGGACUGUUUAAAGGAAAGCCCUCAGAAUCGACCCACCUCGGCUCAAGUGUUCGACAGGCUGAAUUCAGGAGAGAUGUUGUGCCUGAUGAGGGAGCUGGUGGUGCCCAGGACGUUCAAUGCUGAGUGCUUCACAGUGAGCUCUGGGAGCAGUGAGGGCCACAGAGCCUGGCUGGGGGGAGGCAGCAGCACUCAGAGACUCGGCUCUGUUACAGCCGUAGACCUGGACACCAACGUGGUCACCACACAGGAGAUCGACAGCAGUCCUGUCCUGUGUCUUGUGACCGUCCAAAUGCCACAAGAGGCCUGCAAUUGGCUGGUUGCGGGCACCCAGUCUGGUUCCUUAGUGGUGAUCAGCACUCAGGACACGUCGACUUGUCACCACCUGCAGAGUGUCACAGACGCUGUCACUUCACUCUACUUUCAUGUGCACCCACGUCGCAACCAGAGGAAGAAUUACUUGUUGGUUGGGACAGCUGAUGGGAUUCUUACUAUUUAUGAGGACUCAGUGCUAAAGCAAGAGAACGGGCAGCCGGUUAAAACUGUCACUGUGGGAAAUGUCAACACGCCCGUCUUGUGUUUGGGACAGUCGGUGCAUUCACUGGACAGCAGGUGUGUGUGGGCCGGCUGCGGGAACAAGAUCCUCUCCUUUACUGCUGACUACGACGUCUGCAAGUCCAUCGACACAAGACCCAGCCUCCUCUUCCAGCAGCGGCCAUUGAGCGGUGACUCGUGUGUGUCUCGAAUGGUUGUGGAUAAAAACAUUUACCUGAGCAAAGCCGGGUCACCGACUGUCGAGGUUUGGGAUAAAAGGAGUGACAGGAUGGUGGACUGCAUCGACUGUGCUCAGAUCAUCAGACACGACUCUGGCUGCAGAGGCAGGCAGGGCAGCGAGGUGGAGCUGCCCACUGAGGCGUCUCCCUCCUGGGCCCGGGUGAAGGCCCUGCUGGUGCAGAGCGCUGCACAUCUCUGGAUCGGCACUAGAGGGGGCCACCUGCUGCUGCUGGAGCUCUCCAAACACCAGACGCUGCAGGUCAUCGCCCCCAGCUGCGAUUCCAUCCGCUGCAUAGCCUCUGCACUCAUAGAAACACUGAACUGGAAGAAUGUGGUGCUGGUUUUGGGCAGAAGACUCCCACAGGACAAGAAUCAGUUCGAUGAGGAGUCGGUGCUGAUGGUGUGGAACAGCACGCUGCCGAUGGAGGUCAAAGACCUGAGAAAACACUGUGAGAAGAGAGAGCAGAUCGCUGCCAAAAUGAGAGAACAGCUGCAUCCUGACUGAGCCCACACGCGUGAAUACUGUUCAUUGAAAAGGGAUCAACGCUUCAGUGGAAGUGUCUGCGGGUGACUUACUUCAUUUUCUGACAGCCAUAUGAACUUUCUUUUGCACUGACCCUGAAAGACAGAGAACCUAAUGAGGCGAGCACAUCGCAAAGAAACAAUCAAAAGAAUUCAGUGUAUCAGGAUUAUCCAAACGACAACGAUCUUGAUUACAAUCGAUCUGAUUUAUGAAGAGACAUUUCUCUAAAAGGGACACAGAUGGUCUCAUUUGUGCGUGAGCAGUGCAGAUGUACAGUAAGACCUCCUGACUCCUAAUGAAUGUUUGUUUACUCGUGCUAUAAAAGAGAAAACAAACAUAAAACUGGAAAGAAAGCCAAAGGAAAAAAAUCUUUUUUUAAAUUGUACAUUUGAUUAUUUAUUCUUUACUUGAGCGCACGUUCACUCCACAGCUGAACAAGAAGGAUGUCUCAGAUGCUGCCUGCUUUUUACACAACUUGUAUGUAAACUGUUUGUGAUGGAGAGUAAAUAUUAUUUUAUGUUCUGUGAUGGAUGUUCAUUUUGUUUCAGUGCAUUAUUUACAAAAAAGAAAGUGGAGACUGGAUAAAAGACGUUAUUUUGUGAAA